UCUUUUCUUCUCCGCUUUGCUCGAUCAUCUUCUCUUCUUUCCUUCUUUUUUCUCAUUUUAACUUGAAAAUUUUAUUCGUUUUCUUUAUGGUGGAAGAAUUAGAAUGAUAUACUACAACCAAAAAAGGCCAUCCACCAUAAUUAUAUUCUCUAAUAAUCAAGACUAUCCCUUAGCUUCUUAAAUUCGACAACAAAAAAAAUUCACUUUGAUCCUAACAUGUCUUCUGCUAUGAAUGAUGAAGAUUUCAGCGUACGGAAAAAGAGGUUCUCUGCUUAUGAUCGUCUCAGUUGUGAAGGUUCUCCUAUGAAAAUGUCCCCUUGGAACCAAAGUUGUCAUCUUAAUAAUCCCAAUUUGUGCAAAUUUGACGAGGAUGUUUCCAACAAUAACUCCAAAAUUUGCCUCAUUGGUUCACUUGUUCGUGAAGAAGGCCAUAUAUAUUCUUUGGCUACUAAAAAUGAUCUUCUUUACACGGGUUCCGACAGCAAAAAUAUACGUGUGUGGAAGAAUAUGAAGGAAUUCUCGGCUUUUAAAUCCAAUAGUGGUCUUGUUAAAGCCAUUAUUAUUUCAGGUGAUAAGAUUUUCACUGGUCAUCAAGAUGGAAAAGUUCGAGUUUGGAAGGUACAACCUAAUAAUCCUAGCAGUUAUAAACCUGCUGGAACAUUGCCAACAUUCUUUGACAUUUUCAAGGCUUCAAUUAGGCCAAGCAACUACUUCAUGUCAGCCAAACAUAACAGAGCUUCCAUUUGGAUCAAGCAUUGGGAUGCCAUUUCUUGUUUAAGCAUGGACCAUAACCAUGGCCUUCUUUACUCUGCGUCAUGGGACAGAACAUUUAAGGUUUGGAAAGCUGACAACUCAAAAUGUCUUGAAUCUGUCAAAGCACAUGAAGAUGCAGUGAAUUCUGUAGUUGCUAGUGUUGAUGGCAUAGUUUACACAGGGUCAGCUGAUGGAACUGUCAAAGUUUGGCAAAGGGAAUUUUCAGGUAAAAUUAUAAGACAUGUUUUGGUACAUACCCUUUUGAAUCAAGAAUGUGCAGUGACUGCACUAACAGUUAACAAGUCUGGUUCAGUUGUAUACUGUGGAUCAUCAGAUGGGGUUGUGAAUUUUUGGGAAAAAGAGAAGAAAUUGACACAUGGGGGUGUACUCAAAGGUCAUAAGUUGGCUGUUCUCUGUCUUGAAUCAGCAGGAAAUCUUGUUUUUAGUGGAUCAGCAGAUAAAACAAUAUGUGUUUGGAGAAAAGAAGGGUCAGUUCAUACAUGUUUGUCUGUGUUGACAGGUCAUAGUGGACCAGUGAAAUGUUUAGCAGUGGAAGAGGAUAAAGAGUCAACAAGAAAUGACCAAAAAUGGGUGCUUUAUAGUGGGAGUCUUGAUAAAUCUGUGAAGGUUUGGAGUGUUUCAGAAAUGGCACCUAUUAUGCAGAAUGGGCAUGAGGAUCAUGUCAGGAUUUAAUCCCUACUUUUGUUAAGUGUUGAUAUGUUUUCUUUUACACUCCUUGCAAAGAAAGAAGAAUACUAAAGAUGGGUUAUUAUGUAAUGGUAAAAGAGUAUAUAAUUAAAUGAUGUGUAAA